AUGGAGGAACAACUUUUCAGCCCCAACGCCGCCGCUCAACUCUUCGACCUGCCUCUCUCUUCCGGCGGUCCCAUCGGCUUCUCCCCCUCCAUCGACAUGGCCAGCUCUCUGCCGCUCACCUUUGGUGAUGGUCUCGAGACGCCUGCUUUCAUGCUGGAGGUUCAGCGCAAGCGCGCCGACACUAUCACCACCCUCAAGCCCGACUUUGAGUUCAGGGACAACUUCAGCCUCGAGGAUACUACCUUCCCCAAUGACCUUCCUCAACGCUCGCGUGCUGUUCAGCGUCUUUCCCUCACUCCCUCUAUGUCCAGCUCUGCUGCUUCCACCGCUGAUGAGUUCGACUACAACAGCGGCUUCGACAGCGAGGCCGACCACAGCAAUGUUGCUUCCCCCGCCACUGACGACGCCAAUCACGGUCCCUGGAGCGAUGCCUCCUUCACUUCCUUCGACGCCUCCGACUCGAUCCAGUCUGCCUUUGACCGCAUCGACUUCAACUCCCCCGACAACUCAGACAGGUUUGCCACGUUGAAACAAGAGCACUUCACCUCGGUCGACUUCAGCAUCCACGACUUCAUCGACGACUCUGCACAGGCCGCCGACGCCGAACACUUUGCCCCUCGGUUCCCAGCUUCCGCUAGCAUGGACUCCAUCGCGACUGCCACCAGCACCAUGACCCCACAGGUGCCCCUCUCGCCUCUCAGCCACAGCGAAACGUCGAGCGAGUACGGCUACGGUCACAUGAGGUGCAGUGCUAGCGAGUCGAGCCUUGGUCUCUUUGGAGGUUCGCACGCUGGUCCCAUGCCCAUGCCCAUGCCCGUGCCUAUGCAUGCCUUCCCUAGCAACUCUUUCUUCGGCAAUGCUGGACACUGUCCCAUGGUUUUCUCGCAGAGCGCCCCCGACAAUGCGUGCUUUCACCCGCACGGCUCGCCCUGCCCUUCGUCGCCCAACAGCGCUCGCAGCACCUCUCCUUACCCCACCUUUGCCAUGGCUGGCGACAUUCCCUCGGUCCUCGCCUCGCCUUCCUCGCGCCAGAUCCAGAUCCACCACAUCCCUGCUCAGGCGCCUGGCCUCGCCAUGCUUCCCAAGGGCAUGAGCCUCUACAAUCACUUUGCUCACCUCGCCAACCCUUACGCAGGCCUCAUCACCAAGCGAUCGCGCGGUCGUCGUGUGCCCAACAAGCCGGAGGAGAUGAACAACCUCGGCAAGAGCGGCAAGGUCUACACGUGCAAGGUGCCUGGCUGUGGCAAGUGCUUCAAGCGCAGUGAGCAUCUCAAGCGCCACGUCCGCUCUAUUCACACGGAUGACAAGCCCUUCCUGUGCCCUUACCCUUCGUGCAACAAGCGCUUCAGUCGACACGACAACCUUAAUCAACACGCUCGCGUUCACACAUCCAUGGGCGGCGUCUCUGGUAUCGCUGGUGGAGAAUUCGAUGCAUCUUCGGUCCACCCCAUAUCGCACCUCAACAUGCCUCUGGCUCACCCGAUGGUUCUGACCGCGGGACCACAGGUCGGUAUUCCUCUCGCAUCCGGCUCGAGCCACCAGAUCAAGCAAGAGUAG